CAUAACACCAAUAUAUUUUAUACGAUCAUGUAUAGUAAUCUUGCUAAUACUUUACGCUCUAAUUGGCUUUCGGUCGCUGAGAUUUGUGCUUUACAUUCGUUUCUCCGUUAACCCACUGUAACUGAUUUGUGGCAGAAACGGAAUUUGCCGUAUCCCGACCACUUGCCCUCUACGUUCCCUUUAAUUCCCGAUGUGGGUUUUUACAUUUUUGUCGGUUGGUAAUAAAUCGAAAACGGGGUCUCCAGUCGCGUCAACUCUGUUUGCUAUUUCGUUUCGACUUAUCUCCCGUUUAUCCGCCUCAUUUCCCCCUGUUCUCUGUCCUGCCAUGCACUGGUUCGUCUUUCUGUUGUCUGCCGUCUUAGCGAUGCUCACUGUGGGGCCGGCUCUCGGCUAUUUCCCGGAGGAGCGCUGGAACCCGGAGUCUCCGCUACUGGCACCCAGAGUGUUCCUGGCCAUGGUUUGCCGCAACUCGGAACAUUCUUUGCCGUAUUUCCAAGGUUGCAUCGACCGUCUCAACUACCCUAAGGAUCGCAUCGCUCUGUGGGUGGCAACAGACCACAACACAGACAACACCACUGCAGUCCUGCGUGAGUGGCUCACGAAGGUGCAGAGUCUGUACCACUAUGUGGAGUGGAGGCCUCAGGAGGAGCCCAGUGAGUACGAGGACGAGGAAGGGCCGAAGCACUGGACGAACCUGCGCUACGAGCACGUGAUGAAGCUUCGGCAGGCAGCGCUGGAGACUGCACGUGACAUGUGGGCUGACUACUUCCUUCUGGUGGACUGUGAUAACCUGCUGACUAACCCCGAUGUGCUGUGGAAGCUGAUGAAGGAGAAUAAGACUGUCGUGGCUCCCAUGAUGGAUUCCAGAGCUGCCUACUCCAACUUCUGGUGUGGCAUGACCUCUCAGGGCUACUACAAGCGCACGCCAGCAUACAUGCCCAUCCGGCGGAGGGAGCGGCAGGGCUGUUUCUCUGUUCCCAUGGUGCACUCCUCCUUCCUGGUGGACCUUCGCAAGCAGGCCUCCACCCAGCUGGCCUUCUACCCACCCCACCCUGACUACAGCUGGCCCUUCGAUGAUGUCAUCGUCUUUGCCUUCUCCGCCCGCAUGGCCGAUGUUCAAAUGUACGUGUGUAACAGGGAGACUUAUGGUUAUUUCCCUGUACCAUUACGUUCCCAUAAUUCCUUGCAAGAUGACGCAGACAGCUUCCUCCACUCUGUGCUGGAAGUCAUGGUGCGUGGUCCUCCAAUAGAGCCAUCUGUGUAUGUCUCAGUCCCUGAGAAGCAGCCUGAUAAAAUGGGCUUUGACGAGGUGUUCAUGAUUAACCUCCUAAGGAGGUCUGAUCGUAGGGAAAGAAUGUUGAGGACUCUGUGGGAGCAGGAGAUUACUUGUAAGAUUAUAAAUGCAGUGGAUGGCAGGGCGCUGAAUGCUAGUCAGGUCCAGGCAUUGGGGAUCAGUAUGUUGCCGGGAUACAGUGACCCCUACCAUGGAAGGCCCCUGACUAAAGGAGAACUUGGCUGCUUUCUGUCCCACUACAACAUCUGGACCGAGAUAGUUGAGCGGGGUCUGCAGACGUCACUGGUGAUAGAGGAUGACCUGCGUUUUGAGGUUUUCUUUAAGAGGCGCUUGCAGAAUCUGAUGCUUGAGGUGAAGAUGCAGGGACUGGACUGGGACCUCAUUUAUAUUGGAAGGAAGAGAAUGCAGGUGGACCAUCCAGAAAAAUCAGUGCCUAAAAUUCACAACCUGGUGGAGGCCGACUACUCCUAUUGGACACUCGGCUACAUGAUGUCGUUACAAGGCGCCAAGAAGCUGCUGAGGGUGGAGCCUCUGAGUAAGAUGCUGCCCGUUGACGAGUUCCUGCCAGUGAUGUACAACAAGCAUCCAGUGGAGGACUACAUGUCUCACUUCGAGCCCAGGGACUUGCGUGCGUUCUCAGCUGAGCCUCUGCUUGUCUACCCGACACACUACACAGGUGAUCUGGGCUACAUCAGCGACACAGAAACAUCCACAGUGUGGGACAAUGAGACGGUGCACACGGACUGGGACCGGGCGCGCUCGCACAAGACCCGCGAGCAGGAGGAACUCAGCUCUGAGGCCCAGAACACAGAUGUGCUGCAGUCACCCCUAGACAGCACAGCCAGGGACGAGCUUUGAGAUGG